UUGAGUGGCGUGGUUGAUCAUUAGAAACCAAAUAUUGGUUCUUUGUCAUGUUACUGUUACAAAAAUAUCAUCGCUCACUCAAAAACUUUGUGUGUCCCAUCCCCUUCCUAUUUAAAUCCUUCCAUUUCUCGUCUCUCUCUAUAUUCUCUCUCUCUCUAUAAUUUCUUCUGCUAAUUUAGACCAUGGGAGACACUGGAGAACUGCGCCUGCAAUUUGUGGGUGAGGAAGGCAUGAAAGUGAACCCCACAAAGCAAAGUCCAGAAAAGAAGGCAAAUUACAAGAGAUGGCUGAGAAUUGGCCUUUACACAAUGAUGCUACUCUCAGGCCAAUCGGUGGGAACUUUGCUUGGAAGGCUUUACUUUGCCAAUGGUGGCAAAAGCAAAUGGUUGGCAACUUUAGUUACAUUGAUAGGCUUCCCCAUCCUCCUCCCACUCUACAUGAUAAAAUCACCCAAAACUCCACCCUCAAGCGUCACCCUCCAAUCAAAACCUCCCACAGCUGCAAAACUUGCCUCUGUCUAUGUCUCCCUUGGCCUCCUCGUGGCCCUCGGCUGCUUCCUCUACUCUGUGGGCCUCAUGUACCUGCCUGUCUCAACUUAUUCCCUCAUUUGCGCCUCUCAAUUGGCCUUCAAUGCCUUGUUUUCUUACUUCCUUAACUCCUUAGUCUUCACUCCUUUCAUUGUCAACUCUCUUGUUCUUCUCACCAUCUCCUCCUCCCUCCUUGUGUUUCAGACCGACCCCGUCUCCGACGAUGGCUCCGAUGGCACCGUCCACCCGGACUCCAGAGCUAAGUUCGUUACAGGGUUCAUAUGCACGGUGGCGGCCUCGGCCGGGUACGGUCUAAUGCUCUCGCUAACCCAACUAGCGUUCAAGAAAGUGAUAAAGAAGGAGAAUUUCAGAGCGGUUAUGGACAUGAUAAUUUACCAGUCGAUUGUUUCGAGUGGGGCAAUCUUGAUCGGCUUCUUCGCGAGCGGAGAGUGGAAGAGCGUGAAGAAGGAAAUGGACGACUUCCAUUCGGGAAAAGUUUCUUACAUAAUGACUUUGCUGUGGACUGUCGUUAGUUGGCAGCUCUUCUCCGUUGGCUGCGUGGGGCUGAUUUUCGACGUCUCGUCUCUCUUCUCCAACGCCAUUAGCGCUCUCGGUCUGCCCAUUGUUCCUGUUUUUGCAGUCAUUUUCUUUCAUGACAGAAUGGAUGGAGUCAAAAUCGUGGCCAUGGUUUUGGCUGUGUGGGGCUUCGUUUCCUAUGGCUAUCAAAAUUAUCUUGAUGAUUUGAAGACCUCCUCCAAGCUCGAAGAUGGACUCUCCAAUGAGCUUUCUAAAGCUUCUUCUCCCUAAAAGAGAGGUUACGACGGGACAGCGGAUAAAAUUUUAGGUACUUAUUGAUAAGUAAGCAUCUUUCUUAUUUGCACCAUUAAAAGAUUUAUAAUCAUCUCAUUUUUAUGAAUUGAUAGUAUGGUUCCGAUAUCAAUUUUUUAUUGUAAAUUAUUUAUAGAAAAAUACAUGGUUGCUUAUCGAUUACCGCCAAAGGUUGCAAGGUGGUUAGGGAAUAAGAUGAUCCAUAUAGACCUUUUGAGUAAAACGAAAAGUAAAGCCAUGAUGAUUACAUCCAAUACAGACAAUAUAACAUCAUUGUGAAGA